CGUGUGCUCAGUGUUUAGGUGAAUCCACAGCCCUCUGGCUCACAAGGAUAAAGGAGCCUCUCUAAGGAAGACGCGAAAAGCAACACAAGGACUUUUUUCCCUCCCUUUUUGCAUCCUCCGUCCCUUUUCUCCUCGCUUCAUUCUCUCACGAGCCACUGGCGUGGUGUGUUGUCUCUUUCCGUCCUUCUCUUUUGUUCCCCUGCAUCCAUCUGUGCUUCAACCUCGGUCCAGGAAGAAGGAAGAGUCCGAGGCAUCAUCCUCCCCUCCUGCACGCCCAGCCGGUGGAGGGUGCUGAUGCUGUAACCACUGUGUGGAGCUGACAAGCCCUGGUUAAUGCAGUGAAGUGUUCCAGAGGGAUAAACACAAGCGAAGGUCGCCAGCCAUGGGGAACCUCAUUAAGGUCCUUGGCAAGGAUUUAGAGAACUGUCCACAUUUUUUCCUGGACUUUGAAAAUGCCCAGCCCACGGAGGCAGAGACAGCUGUGUGGAAUCAGGUCAGCGCCGUGCUGGAGGAGGCUCAUGGGAUCCUCGCCGAGCUGCAGUCCUAUAAUGGCGCGGGCCAGGAGAUACGAGAAGCCAUCCAGAACCCAGGUGACCUCGCUCUGCAGGAAAAGGCCUGGAAUGCAGUCUGCCCCCUGGUGGCCAAACUGAAACGCUUCUAUGAGUUUUCCCUCCGACUGGAGAACGCCUUACGCAGCCUGCUGGAGGCACUGACGAGCCCGCCGUACGCUCCCAUGCAGCACCUGGAGAGAGAGCAAGCCCUGGCCAAACAGUUUGCUGAGAUCCUUCACUUCACACUCAGCUUCGAUGAACUGAAGAUGACAAAUCCAGCCAUUCAAAAUGAUUUCAGCUACUACCGGAGGACUAUAAGCAGGAACAGGCUGAACAACCAGCAGCUGGAAGCAGAGAACGAGGUCAAUAAUGAAAUGGCUAAUCGGAUGUCCCUGUUCUACGCUGAAGCAACACCAAUGCUCAAGACUCUGAGUAAUGCCACCACCAAGUUUGUUUCAGAGAAUAAGACCUUGCCCAUAGAGGACACCACAGACUGUCUGAGCACCAUGGCCUGUGUGUGCCGUGUCAUGCUGGAGACUCCGGAGUACCGCUGUCGGUUCACCAACACAGACACCAUGCUGUUCUGCAUGAGGGUGAUGGUGGGCGUCAUCAUUCUCUAUGACCACGUUCACCCCGUCGGGGCUUUUGCCAAGACCUCCAAAAUUGAUAUGAAAGGCUGCAUCAAGGUGCUGAAAGAGCAACCGUCCAACAGUGUGGAGGGACUUCUGAACGCACUGAGGUAUACGACACGGCAUCUAAACGAUGACAGCACCUCCAAACAAAUCAGGGCCCUCCUGCAAUGAGACGGAGGAGAGAGGAAGGAAGGAAGGAGCGCAAUUGAAGAGGAAGAAGAAAGAAGAAAGA